AUGGUUCUCCAAGAUGAACAUGGAGACAAAAUCCAUGCAUCUGUUAAAAAAACUCUUAUCUAUAGAUUUGAGCAAUUGCUAAAAGAAGAUAAGAUUUAUCAGAUGUACUAUUUUGUUAUUGCUGAAAGUACUGGUUUGUAUAGAACAAUCAAGCAUAAAUAUCGUCUCCACUUUGAUUAUGACACUGAAGUUAGACUGCUUCAUAAUACUGAGAUUCUCCCAUCAACUUUAACAUUUACCUUCCUAGCUGAUAUACUUGAGAACAAGUGCAACACAGAUUACUUAGUUGAUGUAAUUGGUAUUUUGACAGGAGUAGGAUAUAAGAGAGAUAUUUUGAAGAAUGUGAAGGAUUUCAUUGCUUCAGGUGAUCACAACACCAUUGUGAUGGCAAUUCAGUAUGCAAAAAUCAAUACAUUCAAAGGCAAACUAGGACUGCAGAAUGUGAAAGGAGCUAUAAAAAUAAUCUUCAAUUGUGAAUUUUCUGAAUCUGCUGAAUUCAAAGCAAGGACUCUUUGUGUGUGGUUUUGGCUACUAUCAAAGAUUUUGCAGGAGGAUCUGGUUGGUGGUAUUAUGCUUGCAAGUGUAAUAAAGUAG